AUGGUGCAAUGUUUGGGUUCUUACAUGGAAAUUAAAAAAAAAUCGCGUUUGAUAUGCGCCGUCCUCCACAACCAAGCGGAAAUCCUCGACUCCCCGAAAUGGUAUAACGUCCACGAAUCUUGGGGUUACAGUUUACUGCAAAUAGCAGCUCUCCAAGAGAGGUACAAAUCCUUCAAAUAUUUGUUACCCAUACCGGAUUUUCCUUUUGAUAUUGUGACCAAACGGGGCACAACAGCAUUGGGGGUUGCACUUGAUUCUUAUAUGGAUAAUGAUAUAUGGAGGGAGGAAUACUUUACAUAUGAAUUGAUAAAAAAAGGUGCCUGCAUUGAUGAGGUUUAUUUUCAAGGAGAAUCACCACUACCCCGUGCCUUAGAACGUCAUUACUAUAAGUCAGCCAGACUUCUCAUACGACGUGGGGCUAAUGUUAAUGCUGUUAAUUCUAAUAAUGAGAGACCUCUUGACAUGACCGUGAACAGAAAUCAAAUUGAACUAGUAGGUAAUGACUUUGUUAGCAUACGGAGCACAACCUGCAGUCUACCACUUUGAACGGUCCGUG